AUGCUUCUCGUUCUUGACAAGAAAAUGCAAUCUAAGGAUGCAGCUCGUCUGGAAAGAAUUCAGGCCUUGAAACCUCUUUCCGAGCAGACUCGUAUUGGUGGUAAAGGUACUGCACGCAGAAAGAGGAAGGUAGUUCAUAAAACUGCCGCUACUGAUGACAAGAAGCUUCAAGCAACUCUUAAGAAGCUUGGAAUUAACUGCAUUCCUUCCAUUGAGGAGGUUAACAUGUACAAAGCUGACGGAACAAUGCUUCACUUUAAAAAUCCUAGGGUUCAAGCCUCACCCCAGGCUAACCUUUUCACUGUUACUGGUCUUGCCGAAAAUAAAAGUCUUAAUGAUCUGUUUCCAAACAUGAUGAGUCAAUUUGAGACAGCAAAGCAACGUCUUUCCAAAAUGUCAGAAACUGCUCAAGAUGAGAACGAAGAAGCCGCUGAUGACGAUGAUGUUCCCGAUCUUGUUGCUGAUUUCGAAGAGACUGCAAAAGAAUAG